AGUGCCAUAAAUAUCGGGACAGACGGUUGGGAGAGGAAAGCUGGAAUGGCUGCAGUUGGUACACCAUUUAAUGGCAUGCUGUAUAGAAUGGAUUUUCAUAAGUCUUCAGACUCUUUACAUCAAAUUUCAAAUCUCCAGAGCUCAAUAGAUAACUCAUUUUUUUCUGCUGAUAUGAGCAAACAUAACCCAGCUAACCCUGCUUCAACGGGAAGUUCUGUGAACUUUAAUAAUGCAUAUUUUAAUAUGUAUAGUCUCUGCAAUCAAUCUCCCAGUUCGACUGGUGGAGGCAUAACUCCAUUUAUGCCAAAUGCUAUAGUAUCACCGAACUCUGGAGGUGGUUUGGGAUGCUCGGCUACUGGCUCUGGGUUCCCACAUUCCUCAAGAAAUAAACAUAAAAGAGAGGAGGAUAUCUUUGAGUGUCCGUUGAAAAAAAGAAGAAUUUCAGAACAUGCAGAAGUCCCUAUAUUCCCUGAACCUACUACAUGCCAUUCCUCAGCAGAUAUUUUAAUUGGUGAAACAUUAGGAAGUUCCUGGGACUCUAAUUGUAAGUCUAAAACAACCACAGCCCUUCAAUAUUCUGACUCUGAAUUAUUACCAGUGAUGCAUUCAGCCCAGACUGAAGAGAUGGAGGAAUCAUCCAGUGAAUCUUUCUCUCCUGUAUGUGGAAGAGCUCAAGUAAAUUAUAGCAGGCUAAGUAGCACUAAUGAUGAAUUGGAAAUGGACAAAACAUCUGACCAUUUGCCGUCACUUAUCAUGUCUGAUGUUCUUAAAGAAGGUUUAAAGCGAGGUUUUGAAGAAUCCCUGACAAAGAAGAUUGUAGAUUCAAUGAAUCGUCCUUCUAUGGAGCUGGUCCUCUGGAAACCCCAGUCUGAGUUGCUUUUUGACAGGCUGCAGGCAGUUUUUAAAAGCCAUAAGAAGGAAAGAGAUUUGAAAAAGCCUGCCCCUUCAGCAUCCCAAACCACCUCCUUCAUUCAGGAAAUAGAAAUAAUUGAGGAUGAUCACUUGUGCAGUUCAGAACCUACAAGUGACCUAAAUAGAACUUGGAGCAGAGAUGAUGAAGAAGAAGAAAUGGAACUAUAAAUGUUUUGUAAGAAGACCUAUGUGGACACCAGCUCAAGGAUUCAUUUUAAUAGCAAAACUGUCCAGUUUUAAAACCCACUUUUUUGGGAACAUGCACUAAAAUUGAACUAGUACAUUUUCUACUUUUUUUUCAGCACCGUUAGUGUGAAUGCUUGACUAUGAACAACUUUGUUACAAAGAGUGAAAUUAUUUUAUAUUUAAAGUAGUGUAGUAAUAGAAUCAUUUUGAUGUUAUGUGUAUUGUGCAACAGGAAGCAUUGCAGUGAGCAUGUUUUAUGUUAAAACUAGUAUAAGCUCACUGACAUACCCAGCUGACAAUGUGAACUGGAUCACAGAUUUGGUGAUACAAGCAUACAAAACUCAUGCCAAAGCUGGACAUGGUUCAUAAUAAACAUUGCUACAGAUCUUCUUUCUGAUUCUACCAAAUAUGUUGAUAUAAAGUUAUGUGUUCAUUUCCUGCAAAUAGUGCCAAUAACAGGAAUUGAAUGUAUUAUGCCUUGUUUUGUUUACCUUUUGUAACAAACAGAGAUAAUAUCCUAAUAUAUUAUAAUUUCAGUAAGAUGCCCUUAUUUAAGACUUAUUUCAUUCAUCAAGAGACCUUUUCAUGCAUCUAUUAAGUGGGUAUCCAGUACUUAGAUUUUGCAUUUGUAAUACUAGAUACACACUAUAACUAAUAAAAAGUACAAAUAUGGGAUCUAUUAUCUGAAAACCCAAUAACCUCAAAAUGCUGAAUUAUGGGAAGACCAUCUCCCGUAGAGUCCAUUUUAAUCAAAUAAUUUUAAAUAUUUUAUAUUUCCUUUUUCUUUAAUAAUAACACAGUACCUUGUACUUAUAGUAACUAAGCUGCAUGAAUCUAUAUUGGUGGCAAAACAAUCCUUUUGGGUUAAUUUGAUGUUAAAAAAAAAAUCAGAAAAACCCUUAUCCUGAAAGUCCCCAAACCGGGCAGAUAAUGAAUCCCAUACCUGUAUACAAUAAUUCUGCACUGUACUUCCUAGAUUUAACACCCGUGGCAGAAUUUUUUCUACUUUUUUUUUUUUUUUAAUAAAACCAGAACUGAAGUUAAAUAGCAACACAACUGCAAUUAUAUGUAUAAAUAGAAUAAAAAUGUAAUUGUAAACUAA